GUGAUUCGUAAACUGCAUCACACUUUAAAGAAAUUGUGACUUUGACUAAGUCUUUGAAAGGCCCUGAUGCCCCAUCUAAUAGGCUGUGAGCACGCGAUUAUCAACAGUUGGAUUCCAUAUUCUGUGGGAAGUUUGUCUACAAGAAACUAACGUCAAACGAGGACACUGAGAAACUGGCUACCGCAAAAGAAUUGUAGCCGUUGAGGAAAGACUUAUCGAAGACUGUUCACCCGAUUUCUGAAAAUCACUGAACUUAUCUAUCUAACUGACUCUAGGGAAUAAUCUCAUCUGCGUGUGACGGCUAGCCAUCCUCAAUAUGUGCUUUAAACUAUCUCGUUUGAUGGAUUGUUCCGUCGUAAUGCUCGUGGGUUGUGCACUUUUGCUAUAUUUAAAAUCAGCCCAAGUUACUGAGGACAUUUGUUGGAAAUUUCUAUCACAUUGUAAACUACGUGCUUUUUCUAAUGAGCACCAAAUAACAGAGGAGAGUAGACCAAAGACGGAAGGAAAAAGCCAUUUAGGUAUAAAGAAUAACUUGAACAGACCUUUGAAAGUUAAUGUGACGAACUUAGUUCUUAAAGAACUCCAAGGAGGAUUCUUUGCCGCAGUCCGUGAAGGCAAACAAAGAGACUCAUCUUUGGAUACUUCUGUCUGCGUUUCGGAGCCAACAGUCUUAGAGUGUUUAGAGGUUGGAUUUGCUGCCUUGCUUUUGGCUACCUUAGAUCAUGUGUCGUACUGUCGCAUGUUGGGAAUAGAUAAGGUGACCAUUCACUGGAAGAACUGUCAGUCGUGCUGUGCAAAGGAUCCUCAGGAAAAUUCCUGGUCAGCUUAUUUCGAGCCUUUAAACACUGGAGCUGAGCUAAACGCCAAGAAGGUUCUUUGUUUAGGAGGAAUUAUCGUAGGAAACGUCCUUGUACAGGAAUCUGCUAAGUUACCUUAUUUCAAUCAAGAAAAGAAGUCUCAAAGUAAUGGAAUCUUGAGAAGUUCUCUAUUAGAGGUUGGAUUUAGAAAACGUCAAAGUUUGCCUGGUUACGAGGAAGGUGCCGUUAUAACAGCAGAAUUAAGGAAAUGGGUCCAUGGUCUGAUAGGCGAAUACGUUCGACCUCAGGAAAGUAUUCAGUCUCGUGUAAACCAGUUUUACAUGGAAAACAUGAACGGAUAUAACAUGCUAGGUGUCCACGUGCGCGGAAUCGACCACAUGCUAGAGAUGGAAGAAAAGAAAUUACCUGCAAUGGAGAAGUGGAUUCAAGAUGCAGAAGCAGUAUUCAAAACCCUUGAACAGCCUAAGAAAAUAUUCUUGGCCAGUGACAAUAAUGAGAUAGUUCACCGAUUUGUAGAAUAUUUUGAAAAGGAAAAGGUUGUAUACACCGCAGCCAUGAGAGCAGACGAGUACCAGUCUCUUAGACCAAUCAACGGUCAAGUAAACGGUAUCGAUGCAAUUGAAAGUGGGUCCCAGGUUCUCAUUGAUAUCUUACUCCUUGCCAAAUGCGGACAUUUUCUUCAUGCAGAGUCAAGUGUGGCGACUUUGGCGUCUUUUUUCAACCCACACAUGGAACUUCACUUUUUGGGAAACGUUGGAGAUAACGGAACAUUCAAAGCGGUAAGUAAGCAAAAUUCUCGGAGAAGACUAUUCCGUCGAUACUUGAAGUUUCUUCAAUUUUUUUAAGCUAUCUAUUACGUUCAAAUAGUUACAAACUACGAGAAACGCUUUUGAUAGGUCUGUC